CCUAAGUGUUUAUUCCACCUGUUACUAGAACCUGGGACCUAAACAAAAGAACCUGCAAGAGCUGAAUACAAUAUAGCCCUUUCUAUUUAAAGUAAUUAAAUACAUAUGUUUUCAUUACACAACUCAAUCGAUUAUAUUGCCAUCACAAGACCAAAAUGAGUAAUUUAUCAUUACCUUUUUAAUUUAGAUGAUCUACUCUAUUUAAACAGAACUUUCAGGCUUACACCAUUAAACAUUUUUUCCUGUUAACAUUUUCUAUGUUAAAUAAACAAAUUUUAGAAUUUGGCUUUAGUGCGAGAAAAAAAAUUGCUUGCAUGCAUGCAUGCAUGGCGGGCAUGGUGGUGAGCUUCUGCUAAAGAAAAUCGUCUAUUUCAUACAUUUCUUUACUGAUAAACAACGUACCAUGCAUGUUGUAAUCUAGUUUCUUUUCAUUAUCAUUAUAUUCAUGAAAUGCAGCAGUGUCUUUCGUUUAUUUCUUUGUUCAUGGCAUUACUUUUUCAAUUUUUUUUUCAAGUAUAUCGAUUCAGUUUUGGGUGUACAGUGACUCUACACGUUCUCUCGGUAGCUCUCUCUCUCUCUCUCUCUCUCUUGUUUGCUGUUUUCCCCAUAACAGUGAAUAAAACAAUAUUAUCUAAUAAAUGUAUAUUAUAUUUUUCCAAAUGCUUCUCGCCCUCAAUCCUACUUUUUGUAUGCCCUUUCUUUACAGCCCCCAACCUUGAAUCCCUUUAAAUUCUUUUCACGAUGGCGUCUGAAUUCAGCUCAGUAGUAGAGGGCACUGCUUGCGAAGAAGCCGACUGUGAAUCGAUUACUGACGUCACGUUCUACGUGAAGGAGAAGAAGAAGCUCUGUCAUGACUGCGCCUUGAAAAAAGAAUGCAUCGGAAUAGUACGAAGAGGUGUACCUAAUCUAUUAUGUAAGGAACAUGACGAAUUAAUACGUUUGUACUGCAGAACACGUAACGUAGCAAUAUGUUAUUCAUGUGCAUCGAUAGAUCAUCGCCAAAAACAGUGCGUUCAAGAGGAUAUCAUGAUCGCACUGAAGAAAAAUAGAGAAGAUCUCAGCAUCCUAAAGAAUAUGGCGAUUGAUAAAUCAGAGCAAUGUCGCGUCUAUGAGAAUGAGAUUCAUAAGACCAAACAAGCCAAAGACGAACAUCUGCAAAAUAUUCAGAAUGACGUUGAUUCCAAAAUCGAAAACGCAAUCGAAAGAGACAGAGCGAGGGAAAAGGAAGAUGCUGAUGAAAUCAACAAGAAGAUUGAUGGGGAAAAUGAACAACUUCAAAAGGAGAUUCGAAAGCUCCAGGAUAAGAUUCAAGAAAACAAUGAGAAGAGAGAGAAGCUACAUAAAGAAAAUCGUUCCAACGCAGUGAAAAGACGAAAACCGAUAAAUAAUAAACAGCGCGAUCUUCAUGCUGACAUUCAGAACAUCGCUCAAGAGAUCGAGAGAAAGAUUAGAGAGCUUGAGAAAUCAUGGCAAGACGUCACCAAAUCAGCAGAGAAAGCAAAAGAGACACUGGACAGAAUUCUUGAAGACGAUACGAAUAUUGUCAUAGAUGGACAUCGUGUGCAUGCAUCAGUGAGUGAGGACCUAAAGAAGCAACUGAAUGAGGGUGAGGUGAAAGAAAUAAAUCGUGUUGUAUCAGGUGUGAGGUUUGUCAAGGGAGUUGGGAGAGAGAAGUAUGAUGGACGAAUUGAUGGGUAUGAUGGGGAGUGGAAGCUCGUUGAUACAAUCAAUGUCAGAGAUAGAAUCAUGUACCCUUGGAUUGUUGGAUGUAUAGAUGAAGAUAAGGUAAUAAUCACAGAUUGGAAAAUUUGUGGAACACAUACGUACAUGUUAGAUUUGAACAGUAAAACCACACAGAGAGUGAUCAACGGUAGUGAUACAUCAUUCAUAAUCUCAUGUGCAGCGCUGAAUGAUGACAAGAUAGUAUGUGGUAGAUACAUCAAAGGUUGUACAGGAGACAGUCUACCUGGGUACAUCAGUGUAUACGACAGGCAGUGGAAUCACAUCAAUGACGUCACAAUACCAAGAAACACGACGCGUACUGUUGCAGGGGUGCGCGUUGCAAUCGAUCAGGAUGGGAUGAUAAUCGCUGCUGAAUCGGGUCAGUCUAUGAUAUACGUCAUCAACCCAGCUAAUGAUGAGAUUGUCAGUACCAUCACGUGUAAAGAGAAGAUAGUAAUGCGUGAUGUGCUGUCACCAGGUCACAUCAUCGCUCUACCCUCACUAUUAGAUCACAGAGCGCUCAUCCUUGAAAGAGAGGGUGAUCAUAGGGAAAUCCCCCACAGUGAUGUCAUCUUGAAUGUGUGUGUUGAUCGUAUGACAGACGACCUCUACGUCGUGACAUCAGAUGAUGAUAACACGAAGUGUGUGAUUGAUCAGGUGAUGAGUGAGGGUAAUAUGAAGAAGAGAAGAGUAGCAUCAUUCCCUUUAUCAACUAGACUGGGGAAUAGAUUCAAUCAUCUUGUCGCAUCUCGAGUGAUGAUGACGUCAUCGGGGAAUAUAAUUGCAUCUGAUGGAUAUAAUGUUCUCAUAUUCAAAAAGCGAUUCAUCCUCUAGAUCCAUGACAGAUGAUAAUACCGAACAAACAAAUGAUAUUGGGAAUGUUACUACAUCUUACCAUUAUAUGCUUUCAAAUUGAAAAGAAAAAAAAGAUGAAAACGCAUGAUUCAUUGUAAUUCCUGGUUUCUUUGUGGGUAAGCUUCAUAGUCAUAUUGGAAACCUAUCAGGGAUAUGCUCUUUUAUUGUAUACGUUGUGUCAGAAUAUUUUAUACCAGACUAUACGCCGUUGCUUUCUUGGCGUGAGUAAACAUAAAUAUUACUUAUGUCUGCAUAGCAGCUCUUUAUUACUAUACCCGUGUAUAUUUCAUUUGAGUUCAGUUCCAUAUGUAAUACUGAACAUUUAAAAUGUUCCCCAAUUUUAUGUAAUCAUGCCGUUAAAAAUAUCCUUCUAAUAGUCCAUCACGUGUAUUAUAGCUACCAAUGUCUUAUCAUUCUAAUGAAUCAGUAAUUGUUUCUCUAAAUGAAUGUUCAGUGGUAUCUUGAUUCAGUAAUGAAAAUUAAAAUUACAAGAAGCGCUAUACCCCUUUAUACAUUGAAAUUGUGUACUUUUGACUCCUUUGAAAACGCGUUAUAUUAAACCAUAUAUUGUUAUCAUAAUAAUGUUGCGAUUUUAGAGAGGAUCGUGGUCACGUUCGCUAUAUCUCGAUGCGCAUUACAUCUAAACAUUGCUUGCUUGUUUGUAUAUUUUCACUUUCAACAUCAGAUCAUCAUAAAUCAACAAAUAUUUUGAUGUGGCUACAUAUGAAACAGCCCCUGGAAUGAUCUCGAUCAUGACAUGAUUAUAAUUACCUGGAUUUACCGAGAGAGGGGGCUGUUACAAUGAUUACGAUACAUUUUGGUAAAUUGCA